AGUCUUUCACCAAGAGUUUUGCGAUUGAAUACCAGAGACAAGGAGGAGGAGGAGGAGGAGAUUAGGAAGAUCGAUUUGAUCAAUCUCGAUUGAACAAGAUGUCGACUCUGUCAGCUGCGAGGGCAGAUAACUUUUACUAUCCCCCAGAAUGGACUCCGGAUCAGGGUUCCUUGAACAAGUUUCAAGGACAGCAUCCUCUGAGAGAGAGGGCAAAGAAAAUUGGCGAGGGAAUUUUGGUCAUAAGGUUCGAGAUGCCCUAUAAUAUAUGGUGUGGUGGCUGCAAUUCUAUGAUCGCCAAGGGUGUUCGAUUUAAUGCAGAAAAGAAGCAAGUUGGGAACUAUUAUUCUACAAAGAUAUGGAGCUUUGCAAUGAAAUCACCAUGCUGUAAACAUGAGAUAGUCAUUCAGACAGAUCCUCAGAACUGCGAGUAUGUAAUCACCAGUGGUGCCCAGAAGAAGGUUGAGGAAUAUGAAGCAGAAGAUGCAGAAACAAUGGAGCUCACUGCUGAGCAAGAGAAGGGAAAGCUUGCAGACCCCUUUUAUCGUCUAGAGCACCAGGAAGUAGAUUUACAGAAGAAGAAAGCAGCAGAACCGCUUUUGGUCCGGCUCCAGCGAGUCUCAGAUGCAAGACAUGCUGAUGAUUACUCCCUAAACAAAGCUCUGCGUGCACAACUUAGGGGGCACAGAAAACGUGUAGCAGAAGAAGAGGCUGCUUCAAGGAAGCUAGGCUUGGGGAUAAGACUUCUUCCAAAAAGUGAAGAAGAUAUUAAAGCUGCCUCAAACGUGAAAUUCAAGACCAAGUUUGAUAAGAAUCGAAAGGACAAACGAGCAUUGAUCCAUGCAUCUUCCAUUUUUCCCGAGUCGUCUUACUCGAUGUCAUCAUCGAGCAAGAAAAGAAUGGAGCUGGAAGCAAAAAGAAGGAAAAUAAGUGCAGCAUCGGCAUCAAAUCUGUUGAGAGGAGGAUUCAAAGCUUCAGCUUUAUCUACAAACCCAUCAGCAAGCAAGUCCAAGGUUUCAUCAGUUUCUGUAAGGAAACUGUAGUUGUAGCAAAUGUACUAGAAUCGUUUGAGAAGAUGUUUGUUUAUCAGUGAAGAUGUUUGUUUAUCAGUGAAGAUGUUUCGACGUCUGGAAAAACAAAGAAACUUGACCCUGGCUUUUGGUCUUGUUCUUUGUCAGUUGUCUUAUAAUAAUAGUUGCCAGUCACACAUA